UUCUCCUGAGUCAGGUGGAGGAGAGGAAGCAGGCGGAGAAGCAGGGAAGGAUUAUCUUUGCAGAAAGUGGCCUGGAUUCCUCUGAAGCAGAGCGGACUUUGUUGGACACCAGAGAGAGGCCGCUGGGUAAAAGAAGGAUGCUGACAAGAUCAUCUUUUCAUGGUGGCGGAAGGGAAGCAGUGGCUGUGGAAACAGAUCAGGGUUCACUGUACUUUGAAGAUGUCACUGUUCAUUUCACAGACGAGGAGUGGGCGUUGCUAGACCCUGACCAGAGAGCUCUACAUCAGGAAGUCAUGGAGGAGAAUAAUGGGAUCAUGGCCUCUCUUGGUGGUGAUGAAUUGGAAAAGAAAAACAAGGGAGAUCAUGACAACAUCCGCACAGUGGAGAAACCACAUAAAUAUUUGGAGUGUGGAGAGAGCUUCAAUCAGAGCAGCCAUCUCACUUCUUAUCAAAGAAUUCAUACAAGGAAGAAACCUUAUCAGUGCUUGGAAUGUAGGAAGAGCUUCAGUAAGAAGGAAAGUCUCACUUCCCAUAACAGAAUUCAUAUGGGGGAGAAACCACACCAGUGUGUGGAAUGUGGAAAGAGUUUCAGUCGGAACGCCCAUCUCAUUUCUCAUCAAAGAAUUCAUACAGGGGAGAAACCUUAUCAGUGCGUGGAAUGUGGAAAGCGCUUCACCCAGAAGGAAAGCCUCAAUUCCCAUCAAAGAAUUCAUACAGGGAAGAAACCACAUCAGUGCUUUGAAUGUGGGAAGAGCUUUUAUACAAGCACAAACUUUCAUCGCCAUCAGAGAAUCCACACUGGAGAGAAACCCAAUCAGUGCUUGGAAUGUGGAAAGAGCUUCAGUCAGAGGUCCCAUCUCACUGCCCAUCAAAGAAUUCAUACAGGGGAGAAACCUUUUCAAUGCCAAGAGUGUGGAAAGAGCUUCAGUAAGAGGGCCCAUCUCACUGCCCAUCAAAGAAUUCAUACAGGGGAGAAACCUUUUCAAUGCCAAGAGUGUGGCAAGAGCUUCCGUCGGAAGGAAAGUCUCACUUCACAUGAAAGAAUUCACAGAGGUGAGGAACAAUAUAAAUGUUUGGAAUGUGGGAAGAGCUUUAAUACAAGCACAAACUUUCGUCGACAUCAGAGAAUUCACAGUGGGGAGAAACCUUUUAAAUGCCAAACAUGUGGAAAGAGCUUCAGUCAGAAGGAAAGUCUCACUUCCCAUCAAAGAAUUCAUACAGGGGAGAAACCAUAUAAGUGUGUGGAAUGUGGAAAGAGCUUCAGUCACAGCUCCACUCUCACUUCCCAUCAAAGAAAUCAUACAGGAGAGAAAUAUCAGGGUGUGAGGGUGGGUGUCAGGAGCAGGUCAUCAAUAACUCACACGGUGUCAGUGAAGUUAACUCUCUAUUCAAAGAAAUAAAACAGCUCAGGAGGCCAAACCUAGUGAGCACAGCAACUCUUUCCAUUAGUUCUUGACCCAAUGAAGCAGUUGUGAGGACCUAAGGUCCCCACCUUCCCACAGUUCCUUAAGUCUCCUCCUGCCCCGGUUCCUUCCCAAACAAUCUGAGAUUUCUUUGCCUUGUCUGUCUCUGCUCCUCCCUCAUCACUACUUUUCUGGUCCUAGAAGAUCAGCGGUAGAGUAGAGACUCCCUGUUUUUUCCACCAGCCUGACUCAUCUCUUCCUCUUGGUCUCGCUCCUCUCCUGCUUUAGUUUCUGCCUCUGGUUCUGGACUGCUCUCUGCCACAGAGUCUUCCUGCUCACUAAACCCUGUUAGCACUUCAGCUUCUGACACCUCCUUCCCCAAGUCUGCUUUCGCUUCUCUCUCUGGCUGCUCAUCAUCGUCCCACCGCCAGUCCCCAGGGUCUGAGCUAUCUUCCCUUGGGGGUUCCCCAGCUGAUGCCUCCCACCACUCCUCUAUGACACAGUGUUUUGAAUGUAGAAAGGGCUUUAAUACAAGCACAAACUUCCAUAGCAAUCAAAGUAUUCACCAUGGGGAGAAAUCAUUUCCACGUGAGUGUUAAAAGAGGUUCUGGUUACAUAUCCUGUUGGUAUACUAAGGUGUAAGCUGUCAAGCCCUCCUCAGGGCUCCCAAGGAUCUUCAGAAAAACAUGAAUUCUCCAGAGACUCCUGGUGAGCCUGGCUCUCAGAGAAAGUUGGAGUUAUUCUCAAUGCAGCAUCACGUCUGAAAUGAAAUCUCUCUCUGCCUCUUGAUGUUACACAGGCACCGUGGCUCUAUGCUUUCUUCAGGCAAUCCUUUCUAGAUGCAUAGAAGUUGAUGUGCUUUAAUCUUAUGCUAUUAGUUUUAAUGUAUUUAUGAUUUUAAUUUUAAUAUUGCUGUUUAAAUGUUUUUUAUUGAUAAUUUUAACUUUUCUGUUUUGUUACCAGUUACCAUCAAGUGGUAUUUUAUUCAAUAGAAAUAUUUAUUCCAAUAGAAGUAAAUCAAGGGUGCCCAAACUUUUUUCAAAGAGGGCCAGAUUUGAUGAAGUGAACAUGCGUGAGGGCCAACCAAAAUUGCUGAGCUUAUUUGGGGAUUUUACCCCAGGGCAUACCUGAAGUAAAUAAAUCCCACCCCCAUGGGUGUGUGUGUUAGAAACCUGUUUCUUUUUUGGGAGGGGGGGAUGCUUGCAACUGGGCUUUCUUGCCCAGCCAGAGUAUGUAAGAAAUAAGGACUGCUUUCUUUGUGUGCCUGUUCCCUGACAUAAGCAGAGCAGCUCUCUGCAACCUCUCAUUUGGAUCAAUAGCCUUGGGAGUUGGCCUAAGCAAUGAAGCAUGCUGGAUCAGCCUUUCUCUUUGAUCUGGCUCUUGUUUCUGGGCAUGAAAUUAAAGACAAGUGUUCCUGACUCUCCAGAAUUGAGAAAGAGACUGACCAGGUAAAGAUCCCUUAACCAAUAUCUUUCCUUCUUUUUAAUAUUUAUUUUUGCUUUAUACGACAUCUGUUGGAGUUUCAGGUGGAUGGGAUCCUAGUUGCAGAGCUUUCCUGGCAACUGGUGUGACUGUAGAUGUUGCAGAUGUAUUCUUAGGACAUCAAGUAUCAUAUCUGAAGCAGGGGAAGCUCCAAGUCCCAGGAAAGGAGAGGCAGUGAAAGAGGCUCAAGCUCAGUGCUCUCAAGAGAAUCUUCAUGGCAGUUCAUGAAAAUGUGACAUUUGAAGCUAUAUUAACUUUUCCCAUAAAGGAAAGGGUAUUUGCAGAAUUAAGUUUGAGUGGUUUAUCUGUGCACCUUAUCAAAGAAACUGCAGCUCUUUCUAUUGAAAAUCUUUCCCUGAGUAUACAGUACAAUGAAACAUGAGAGGCAUUUUGGGUCCCAGUUAAUACUAGUGUUAAAAGCCCUGCAUUAAUUGGGACCCAUGUACUUUGAAGUAUGCAUUCAUGCAUGCAUGUAUUAGAAUUGUAGAGUUGGAGGGGACCCUGAGGGUCAUCUGGUCCCUGCAAUGUAUGACAGAUGGCCAUCCAACCUCUGUUUGAAAAGGUCCAAGGAAGGAAAGUCUGCUACCUUCUAAAGGAGUCUAUAUAUACCUAUAUAAUAUUGUGGGAAUUACACAAGAUACACUCUUUUGAAAGUUUAAAUAACAAAUACCGUAAUUUUUACUCAGUGUACUUGCACUUGUUAGAUUAAAUGUACAAGGCAGGGAGGUGUUGCUUAUGUUGCUAAAACAUUUUACAUACAUUUGUAUCUAAGGCAAAAACUGUUACAGAUGGACAAACUCUGAGGCAGAACUGAAGACAUCUACUGCUCAUUACUGCCAUAGCUGCCCCAAGUGACAUCACUGCCUCUGG